AUGCCAUCCCUGACUGACGAAAGCCUGCUAACCCUGGCCGUGGGCAGAGCUCAGGAAGCGGUCACGUGGAUAGAGAGGCCGAUGAGGUGGAGUCAGCAACAGAAUCGUCACAGAGCGGGAGUGGGGUCGGAAGAGCUCUGGAAGCAGGAAGCGAUUCACAGGUUACGUCAAAGGUCAACACAGCCGUCUGCUGAGAAGAACGGAGCACCUAGAGCGAUUCACAGGUUACGUCAAAGGUCAACACAGCCGUCUGCUGAGAAGAACGGAGCAGCUAGCUGGAUGCAAGACUCAGUCAUUUACAGAAUUCCAGUCAUCAACAUUCCACAGGAGUCACCAUUUACUAUUUUGCCUCCUGCUCUGAGAAGAACUGCAAAGAAGUUGCAAAAAUGUCUACACGGACAGAGCCCAGAUAACAUGCUUAACCCUGGCUGGAUCCCCAACAGCAGAGGGACGUGUGUGCCUCAGGAAAACGGGCACAGAAUGUGCCUGUGA